CUUGGAAAAAUGAUCAAUUAUUUGAUUCUUCUGCCAUGAAAACAGGAAAGCGGUCGGGCCCUCCUUCACAGAAGCCGUCCAAACGAAGAAAAUUGGAUCAUGGCGACAAGUCGAAAUCCACGAAGCAUCAGCCUACUAAAAAUACGAAGGCGAAGGGAAAAGAAAAGGCCGCAGACCGUCUCGUCAUUCCCAUCCCCGAGGGGGACCAAGACUCAAGUUUAUCUGACCAGGAUGUGGAUCUGUUGAAUGGCUAUGGCAGUUCUGUUGCAUUUUUAGGUCGUCUUGACGAGGCUGGAAUCUCUCGGAGUAAAAAGGAAACCAUAAGGCUGCACCAGAUGAGUAAACCCCGACGACAGAAGAACGAUAACGACGACUUACCAUCUGUCAACUCUGACGUUGAAGACGAUGGUUCUUGGACCUCUGGUAUUGACGAUGAUUUUGACUACGAAAAUGAGGACGAUGACUCCGAUGUACAUCUACUGUCAGCCUCAGAUUCAGAUACUGAAAUGCCAUAUGAGACGGCUCCUCGCAUUUCGCAGGUCUUCCAAGGCCCAAAACAAAAAACCGUUCAGCGUUUACCGAUCAAACUCACUGAUGGUAGAGUGCAGGAACUUGGCAUAAAGUCGACCAUCGUUGAUAGUGAAGAUUCGGAGGAUGACGUCGAGGAAGAAGAGGAAUCCCGGCCUGUGGCCCAGUCGUCUCGAAAAGUCGAUGAUGUUUCAACUGGUGCACGGUUUGGACGGGCUGCCAUUGUUGAUGUUAUCACAAGGACAUCGAGAAAGGCGCGAAUACAAGAAGCCAAACACCAAAUAGCUGGCAUAUGCCAGGACAUCAUUUCGGAUCCUGAGUCCAGCCUAGGUCUACUGAGACGGUUACACGUCUUUUCCUUGGAGCAUGUUUCCAGUCCUACCCAUCCUGAUCCCGUUCCGAACGAUCCGUUAAUUCGCAAACUUGCGAUGUUAUCCCAGCUCGCCGUCUUCGUUGACAUAAUUCCUGGAUAUCGCAUACGUUCCCUUACCGACAAGGAAAAAGCCGAGAAUGUUAGCCAACAGGUUGCCAAGACUCGGGACUGGGAGCAAGGUCUGGUUGGUGUUUACCAGUCAUAUCUUCGUGUGUUAGAGGCGGAAUCAAAAGCACGCGGUGAACUCACCGAGAUUGCACUUCAAUGCAUGUGUACUUUGUUGACCUCAGCGACCCAUUUCAAUUUUAGAAUUAAUCUCAUGGGGUGUAUCAUAGGCCGACUGAGUAAGAAGUCUUGGGACAAUUGCUCGGAUCUAUGCCUUGACUCAAUCAUCAAAGUUUUUCGUGCGGAUCUGACUGGAGAGCCAUCUUUGGAACUGGUUCGGUUGAUAAAUCGCAUGGUGAAAGAGAGACGCUAUAACGUCAACCCGAAAGUUCUCUCCUGUUUACCCUUCCUUCGCCUGAAGACUGAGCUUGGUGUGCGGGCAUCAAACUCAAAAGCUGACAAAGACGUGCCUACGAAGGGGAAGUUGAAGCGCCCAGGCCCUGGGAAGAGGAAACCGGGCGAUGCCCCCCACCUUAGCAAAAAAGUGAAAAAAACCCUGAAGGAAAGGAAAGAAAUCGAACGAGAAUUCCGUGAAGCGGAAGCAGAAGUUGACAUCGAGGAACGAUCUAAUACUCAAACUGAGACCCUGAAACUCCUUUUCGUUCUCUAUUUCAGCAUUCUGAAAUUCCCCACACCGACCGCACUUCUUCCGGCAGCGUUGGAAGGUGUUUCAAAAUUUGCCCACCUCGUCAAUGUCGACUUCUUCAAGGACCUCUUGCAAGUUUUAAAAGGUCUUAUUGAGCGCGAUACUAUGCCAGCAGAUGAAGAAAGCACAGAUGAAAUUUUCAUUCAUCAUCGUUUACUCUGUAUCAUCACUGCCUUUGACCUUCUGUCAGGCCAAGGAGAAGCUUUGAACAUUGAUCUAGGCGAUUUUAUCACGCACCUAUACGCCUUACUUCAGCCGCUUAGCUUGAUGCCUAGUAUCCACUCGACACCUCCCGGGAGCCCAGGUCGAGCGGAAAAAUCACUGGCUGACAAGUUAUUCCGAGCGCUCAACGUUAUAUUCUCCCCGCGGACGUUAGGUACCACGGCGCCAUCCUGGCGCUCAGCCGCAUUUGCGAAGCGCCUACUUGGCGCUGCUUUUCACUGGCCUCCUGCUGUCACCCUUCGUACACUAAACUUCGUCAGCGGGUUACUUCUCAAAGACGAAAAAUUACAGUCGUUGCUUUUCACUGAGGAGCGCAGCCUUGAUGGCGUCUAUCGUUCUGAUAUCGACGAUCCUCAGCUGUGCAACCCGUUCGGCACGACUUUGUGGGAAUUGUAUGCGUUACGGGAUAAUUACUGUGAUGCAAGCGUUCGAGCAGAAGCGCAGAAGCUCCUAGCUCACGCGUAUGGUCAAUGAUGUACAUAAUAAUCAUUUUCAUCCAGUGCAUUCUUCGAUGGGGAGAGAUGGGCUUCGUCGUAGUGCUUCUUAUUAAACCACCCUAAGUCACUCUAUUAGUGUGGCAUGGUUGCACUGUGGUAAAUCGUGAGUUUUAAGGCGGCCGCUAGUUCAAAAUUAAGAUAAACUAGUUUAUUA